UGCCAGACAACAUGGGGGAAGUGGGCAAAGAUACGGAUCGACCCAAACUUAUCGAUGCCAAAGGCAUUCUCAAACAGAACCGAGAAUUCCUUGAUUUCUUCUGGGACAUUGCCAAACCCGAGAGAGAAACCCGACUUAGAGCCAUCGAAAAUCUCGUUGCGUACCUGAAACACGGCGAGAAGCCGGAUGAACUGAAAUACACCUUGAAGAGGCUCGUGGAUGGUCUCUCGCACACUAGAGAAGAGGCACGGACUGGAUUCAGCGUAGCGCUCGCGCAGGUUUUGAGUGCGUUUGAGGAGAUCUCUUUGAGGAAUACUCUCGACCAGAUUAAGGAGAAACACAACCUGAAGACAGCAUCCAAGAAAUUGGUCAGAAAUGUUGCGUUUGGGAACUUUUUUGGUGUUCUUGCCUUGUCCCAGUCCGCUCGCCUUCAUAAGGAGCCGCAGGUCCUGCUGGAGUGUGUUCAGACCCUCCAGGCUCUGGCACAGUACCGAGACCAUCUCAGAGAUCUGCCGAGGAAAACCAUGGUUGACAUCCUGUCGGAGACGUCCGAGGAGGUGUUUGAGGAGGUGUUGCUGGGAGCCCUACAGACGGAGCUGACCUCUGCCUUCAGUACUCCAGAGCAGUUGGAGCUCCUCUUGGUGGCAAUGCAGAAAUUUCCUUCUGUUCUAAAACCCCAAAAACUACAGAAGCUCCUGGGCACCUCCACAAUUAUCACAGCAGACACCCUCCCCAAGCUGGUGCAGGUGAUGAAGAUGGCUGCUCGGUCUGUGAAGAAGGAGCAUUUCCUGCCCGCUGUGGCAUUUGACCUCUUACAGGCAUCCCUGAGGGAGGGCAGCUUUGAGCUCUUCUGGAACGGCGCCGUCGUCAAGGGCAUGUUGUCCGAGCAACCGGGGCCAACGCAUUACCUGAGUUUCCGCAUGUUAGGGGCAGCACUCCCACUGCUGUCUAAGUCUCAGCUGAGUUUGGUUCUGUCAGGAGAGGUCAUGAAACGCUAUGGAGAACACACUCUCUCUGCUCAGCUCCCUGACCGGUAUAAGUUCUCUCCGGAGAUGGAGGGAUAUGUGGGGAGUUUUCUACAGGGCUGCCCUGACCCGGAGAAACAACUCACCGUUAUGGUGGCCUUCACUCAGCUCACCAAUCAGGGUUACCCUGUGGUCCCGUCUUACUGGAAGGUGGUGGAACACCUGGUUCCGACGGCGGUCCAAAGCUACGUCGAAUGGCUCAAAGAUCAUUUCUGCCAACCUCACUUAGAGAGCUGUUUGGACUUCAGCACCCGGCGCCAGGCGGGCCAGCAGGACCCGAUUCCUCAGAGCGAAAACCACGUCCUUCGUUUCCGCAAGUGGGUGGUUGCGCGCCUGGCGUCCAUCAUAGAAAAUCGACAGGUUCAGAAGGAGGAAGAACUGGUCAAAAAUGUUGCCAGCUUCAUUUUCUUCCAUGCGUUUUUCGACGCUAACAAAUCCAGCCCCGACAUCCCAGAGACAGAAUGUGUCCUGAGCGUUCCUCUGGACGCGGCCACACGGGCCGCCACCGCGGAAACGUUUUACAGCCUUCUCCAGUAUCUGACCCACCUGCCUGUGGUGGAUGAUUCUGCGGACCCGUCCAGUCUGGGGAAGAGACGAGUUUUCGGUCUGACCUCCGAUGGCAGUACAUGGAUUUACAGUUUAGUUCAAUAUGCAGACCUGUUACUGAACCACCCGAAACACGCACGGCCCUGCCAGGCCUUCAGCCCAGAGCACAGACACGCCUGGGAGAGUAUGCUGCAGUCCGUGGAGAACCUCCAAAAAAAAGCCAAGAAAUCUCCCUCUCCAGAAGUUUCUGCUUUUGAGCAGCUGUUCCUCCUGGUUGGGAUCCAGAUGUUUAAGGCUGCAGAUGAGAGUGUUGAGUUGCUGAAGGAUCUCCAGAGCUGCGUGCAGAAAGCCCAAGAGAAGAAAUCCAAAAGAAAGAAGAAAGUCAAGUCUGCGAGUGGAGCAGAGGAUGAAAGUGAAGAGCCCCACUGGGUGGAGGUGGUGGUGGAGAUCUUGUUGUCUUUGCUCUCUCAGCCCAGCCGCUUGGUCAGACGGGUCUGCAAAACCGUGUUCAGUCGUGUGUGUCCUCAUCUCACACACAGAGCCCUCACUGCUAUACUGGACGUUCUGGAUCCGAAUAAAGAUGAGGACGAGAGCGGUGUGGUGGUGACUGAUGAGAAGGAAGGAGACAAAACGAAAAAGGACGAAGUGAAGGAGCAAGAUGAGAGUGACAAAGACUCUGAUGACUCUGAAUCCUCAGAGGAAGAGGAAGAGGAAGAUGACAAAGAUGAAGCCAUGGAGAAGGCUGAGGAGGUGGAUCAAAACUUUCGCCUGGAGCUGAUGAAGGUCCUUCAGGGUCAGAAUGCUCUGGCCACUGAGGAAGACGGCAGUGAUGAAGAGGAGCUGGAUGAUGAAGCCAUGAUGAAGUUAGACGGGAGCAUCGCCGCUCUCUUUGCUGAGCAGAAGAAAAAGAUCCAGGCUAAGAAAGACGAGAAAGACAGACUGCGGAGGGAAAAAGUCCUCGUCAGAGACUUCAAAAUCAAAGUUCUGGAUCUUGUAGAAGUGUUUUUGAGUAAGCAGGGGAACAAUCCCCUGGUGCUGAACAUGCUGGAACCGCUCCUGAGUGUCAUAGAGAACGGGAUGAAAGCUGAGGCUGACCAGCAGGAGCAGAACUUCCUUGCCAAGGCUGCUGAUAUCUUCAGAAACCAGCUGUGCCGUGGGAAGAUGUACUGUAGGAAUGUGGAGGGCAGGGAGGCAGAGCUGCAUGAUCUGAUGGAGCGACUGAUAAACCGCGCACAGACGCUGGCAGACUCCUCAGUCUCACUGUACUACUUCAGUGCUGCUCUGUAUGUGCUGAAGGUUCUGAGAGGAGUCGUACACACAGAAACAGAGGGGGAGAAGAAAGCCAGAGACCCUGGAGAGAGGCUCAUGGGUAAAGUGGAUGUGGAAAGAGUGACUUCCUGUUUCAAAGAUGCGCUGUCUUGUUUCAUGACAAAGAGGAAAAGUCCCCUAACUGGAACGAUGUUCAUAGACCUGUUCACUAGAUUCCCUGUUCUGUGUGUGAACCUUCUGGACACAGCAGUGGGGAGCAUUACUGCAGGAGUCAGAGAACAUCAGCAGGGGCAAGCGUGUGCCAUGGUUUUAAGAGCUCUCCAGGCCAGAGAGACGCAGCAGAUCCUCCAUGGAUCCAAAUGGACAGAACUGUGCCAGAGGACAGUGGACCAAACUGCAAAGAGCCUUGAGAAGGUGGAGCUGAAGAACAAAGCCUCUCAGGAGACGGUUCUAAAAGCUCUGGAGCUCUGUCAGUUCCUCCUCAAAACUGUCCACCAACAGAAGCUGGACGUGGACGUGGGCUCUCUGGAGAACGCUCUGCAGGCCCUUAACGGUGAUGGGAGUCUCCAGAAACCCGGCCGGCUGAGUGACACAUACUGGAGUAUUAUGAAACAUUUUGGAGUCCAGAAACCGAAGGUGGAGAAAGUAAAGAAAGCUCCAGAAGAACAAACAGAGCAAACAGGGCCUGAGAAGAAAAAGAAGAAGGGAUUCUUGCCUGAGACAAAGAAGAGAAAGAACCGGAAGAAGACUGCGCCGUUGGAGAACAGAGACGCGGCGGCCCCGCCCAGGAAAGCAGUCGCCACAGAAGAGGGUGAUCAGGGCAAAAAGAAAAAGAAUCGAAAGAGAAAGAGAAAAGAGCGAGGAGGAGGAGGAGGAGGAGACCCAGAGGGUCAGUCACCUCCCAAACAGGCCAGGACACAGCAGACAGCACAGACGGAGAGACCACAGAAGAAGAGAAAGGGACAGAAAGAGAAGAAAGGAAUGGCAGAUUGAGGGAGUGUCUGAGCAAAGGGGACUGUGCACUGGGGGACUGUUCUGGAACUGUUCUGGAACUGUGGGGAACUGUUCUGGAACUGUAUGUGGGUUCUUUUGAACUGUAUAUGUUUUUAGUGGAUGAUUGGGAAGCGUUUGGUCCCUCUGUCUACCUGUGUGACCUGCUCCACUGUUAAAUCUGUGCAUUGUCAUAUUUGAAUGAAUGUGAAAUCUCUGAACAGGCCGUGUAUGCUAAUUAAAUUUGUUUUAAGUGCUUUGUGUGUACUUAUGAAAAUAAA